UGUUUGUCCGUAAUCGUCCUCAUAGAGACGGUCACUGGACACUCCAUCUUUACAUAGUUCCAAAGUACUGGCCAGUUUGUGGUCCUGAAGGAAACGAGACCGGAACUCUCCCAUUUCACCAAGGCUCCACCCCCACGGUCUCAUACUCCCGACACCCGACCCUAGACAUCCCCGUCUCUCCAUCAUGGCUUCGGCGUCUUUCCGAGACUCGCUGAGCUCUCUAGGAUGGUCCCGCCGAGAAGCGGACAUUCCUGUCAACACGUCCCAACAGCGCGGUCUACUAUCAUCCAUCAAGUCUCUCAACCCCUUCGGCAAUGGUGGCUAUGUUCAACUACCAACGACUGAAGGCCCCGGUGCUGCUCUUCCAGCCCCUACCCGUCGAGAAGAGGAAGAAGGCUGGUUUGUUUUGAGCCGGUGGGACCGCAUGCUGAUUUUCGCUGCUUGCAAUCUGGGCGCGCUGGCUUGCUUCGUCCUGGCCUUCGCCUUGUUCCCAGUGUUGUCACUAAAGCCGCGCAAGCUCGUAAUCCUGUGGACCCUCGGCUCGAUACUCUUCAUCACGUCCUUUGCGGCUAUGAUGGGACCUUGGGCGUACUUGAAGCACCUGACCUCUGGUACAAGGUUGCCUUUUACAUCGGCAUACUUUGGCUCCUUGAUCCUGACCAUGUACUUUGCUCUUAGCCUACACAGCACCAUCCUCACCCUUCUCUCCGCCCUCGUCCAGAUGGCGGCUCUGAUCUGGUACCUAGUCAGCUACUUCCCUAUGGGGGCGGAUGGUCUUCGCGUUGCGACCUCCUUCGGGGCCCGCAGAGCCGCCGCCUGGAUGUCUGGGUGAACAAAUGGAUGGUUUGAGAUGGGUGUACGCUUGUGGUAGGCCGCUUGGCAGUGCGCUUGUCUGCUGCAGGGCAUCUUUGACACGUCUGUGCUCCGACAAUGCGUCUUUCGGAUUGCGUGUAUACUUGAAAGCAGGCUUUGUCAAGUAUGGGUUAUGGAUAGUGCCG